CUGGCUUCGGGUCGGUGUUAUCAUAAACGUGCAACCGGAGACUCGGUCUAAAUAGCAAGCUGCUAACGCGACUGUGUCCCUUACUCUUUAAGCCCACGCGUGAUCGCGAUCCACUUAGUGCUGUCAGCUUGGUGGUAGACGGUUGAAGGCUCUGCGUUCCUAAUGACUUCCCACACAAUAGGGAUAUUGAGAUCUGUCCAGCGCUACCCCUCCAUCCUGAAGCAUAUAGAAACCUUCCAGAUUAGGAAAAGGGGCUUUGCUGUCAGCGGUCUCCGCAGAUCUCGCAGAAGAGUGGUGGUGACUGGGAUUGGCAUAGUAUCUCCUCUUGGAGUUGGCACUCAGUUUGUAUGGGAGCGUCUUAUCCAAGGUGCGAGUGGCAUAGUCGCUCUAGAAGAAGAAGACAUUAAAACCAUUCCGUGUAGAGUAGCUGCUCGUGUUCCUAGAGGGACGGCAGAAGGACAGUUCAAUGAAGAAAGAUAUGUUUCCAGGACGGAGAUUAAGGCAAUGUCCUCUGCCGCCAUUAUGGCCCUUGGAGCAGCUGAAGAAGCCAUUGCUGACUCGGAUUGGAAACCAGUAACAGAAGCUGAACAAGAAUGUACAGGUGUAGCAAUAGGUAUGGGGAUGGUCCCUCUUGGUGAUAUUACAGAGACUUCCACAUUGUUUAACACAAAGGGGUACAAUAAAGUCAGCCCUUUCUUUGUCCCCAAAAUCCUAGUCAAUAUGGCUGCUGGCCACAUCAGUAUCAAGUAUAAACUCAAGGGGCCGAACCAUGCCGUGUCAACUGCUUGCACCACAGGAGCUCACUCCAUUGGCGAUUCCUUUAGAUUUAUCACUCAUGGGGACGCCGAUAUCAUGUUGGCUGGUGGGACAGAGUCGUGUAUUGGCUCCUUAUCCCUUGCCGGAUUUGCAAGAGCCAGAGCUCUCAGCACUAGCUACAAUUCAACUCCUCAGUUGGCAUGUCGCCCAUUUCACCCUAAACGGGAAGGUUUUGUUAUGGGUGAGGGAGCAGCUGUGCUUGUUCUAGAAGAAUAUAACCAUGCCGUGUCUCGAAAUGCCAAGAUUUACGGAGAAGUUUUAGGCUAUGGGCUGUCGGGUGAUGCGUGCCACAUAACUGCUCCAAACCCAGAUGGUGAUGGCGCCUUCAGGUGCAUGAAUGCCGCCAUAAAGGAUUCCAACAUAGAGAUCAACGAUAUAUUGUACAUCAACGCCCAUGCCACCUCUACACCUCUUGGAGAUGCAGCUGAAAACAAAGCUAUCAAGAGACUUUUUGGAGAACAUGCUUAUUGUCUUGCAGUGUCAGCAACUAAAGGAGCCACUGGGCAUUUGUUAGGGGCAGCAGGGGCUAUUGAGGCUGCGUUCACAGUUCUCUCCUGUUACCACGGCACUCUUCCUCCUACUCUGAACCUUGAUAGGACUGAGCCGGAGUUUGACUUGAAUUAUGUUCCCCUUAAAGCCCAGGAGUGGAAAUCAAAUGGUAGACGUAUUGCUCUGAGCAAUUCUUUUGGCUUUGGUGGAACCAAUGCCACACUUUGUUUUGCAAGUCUAUAAUAUAUAUUUAUAGUUUCUUGGUAUUUAAUUUAUGGAGCUGGUAAAGAAAGUUUUUUUUAUGUUACUUGGCGGUUUUCCUCUUGACAGUUUGUUUUCAAAUUAUUUAACAGUACCCUUAUCUCCCCUUGUACCCCUCUACAGACCCAUGA